AUGACGCCUUACAGACACGGGAGGCAGAGAAGCGCAAGUCAACCGAAGAACAGCUCGCCCGCGUGCAGCAGGAAGCAAGCCGACUGCGCGCACAGGUCGAACGCCUCGGAUCAUGCCAGUGGCCUCGCGAAUUCGCACUCUUCCCCCCAGACACUCUCCCACUGCAAGCCUGAGGACAAUCUGCGACGAGAGCGUGCAAUCGAACCGAAUCACUAUCUCGCGGUGGAGUACGCCUUUGGAUUGGGCAUUUAG